CUUCCGCUUUAUCCGUCUCUCUCCUGGCGCUUGUCCUCCUCUCCCAGUCGGCACCACAGCGGUGGCUGCCGGGCGUGGUGUCGCUGGGUCGGUUGGUUUUUCUCUCACCGUUGGUGUCCGUGCCGUUCAAUUGCCCGCCAUGGCUGAGCUGGAUCCGUUCGGCGCCCCUGCCGGCGCCCCUGGCGGUCCCGCGCUGGGGAACGGAGUGGCCGGCGCCGGCGAAGAAGACCCGGCCGCGGCCUUCUUGGCGCAGCAAGAGAGCGAGAUUGCGGGCAUCGAGAACGACGAGGCCUUCGCCAUCCUGGACGGCGGCGCCCCCGGGCCCCAGCCGCACGGCGAGCCGCCGGGGGGUCCGGAUGCUGUUGAUGGAGUAAUGAAUGGUGAAUACUACCAGGAAAGUAAUGGUCCAACAGACAGUUAUGCAGCUAUUUCACAAGUGGAUCGAUUGCAGUCAGAGCCUGAAAGUAUCCGUAAAUGGAGAGAAGAACAAAUGGAACGCUUGGAAGCCCUUGAUGCCAAUUCUCGGAAGCAAGAAGCAGAGUGGAAAGAAAAGGCAAUAAAGGAGCUAGAAGAAUGGUAUGCAAGACAGGACGAGCAGCUACAGAAAACAAAAGCAAACAACAGGGAGAUGGAAGGGAGUCAAGGAUGUUGCCAUGUAUGUGCCAUCUCUGCCCUAAGCCAAUAUCAUGAAGAAAUCAACAAGAGGUGGAAUAAACUGAGCAAUUCAUCACCAUAUUAAGCUGGAUAUUCCUGUUUAGUAAAUAUCUUUCCCUAGCUGGUCAGUGCUGCCUCCUCCCUCCCUUUCAUGGCAUUGAAUGGUGAGAGUGCAAUACCCUCAGCGGCGCCUAACAGUCAGCAGUGAGCGCUCAGGACCGUCACCCACCUCUGCGGCCGAUGACCCUCUCUUUGGCUCUGGCCUCAGCCGGCCUUGCGCUGUUCCUUCUCAAGGUUUUUCCUGGCUCAUCUUCGUGCCCCCUCCCCUGAGGGUCCUGGAGGUCUGAGCCCUCUGGCCGCCUCUCCUCUCUCCUUGCACUCCUCCUCUCGUGGAGCGACCCCGUCUGUGCCACCUUCUCACCUUCCAUGCCACACACCUUCAGCCUUCACUGAGGAGAGAGCAGGGCUGCAGCAUCAUGUUCCAGUCUCAUCCCUCACGGAGCCGAGAACUAAAAAUUGAAACAGAGAAACCUCCUGACAAGGCCGCUGGCAAGUUCAAUGGGAACAACUCAGGUUUUCAGAAAGAAGUGUGAUCCCUGGAGCCAGCGGGUUCAAAAGAAUGAAGAGAUUUAUCAAGAAUGAGACAUACCAGACCAGCUGCGUUGCUUUCCAUUGACAGGAAGCAAAUCAGCUGCUCAGGAAAAGGUCAAGCAUGGCACCUGGUCUCAGAGAGGUGUCCGUCAAAGGCUGUCAUAACAGCCCUAUGGACAAGAAGGAGACCUGGGCCAGGUGAGAGUGAUGCAAAACCAUUUGUCCCAAGGAGUUGUGGAUGGGACUUAGGGAAAGGAGGGGCUCCAGAGGCACUGUGACAGUGUCAGAGUGACUACAGGCUCCUCAGGAGAUGCUGAGGGAAAAGAAAGGGCUGGGACGUGCCCUAAGACUUCUGUGCGCAGGCACUGGUCCCCUCUGCUGAUUCAGGGCUCCCCUAAAACAGCCACCCUCAUCACGAGUAUGGUACCAGGCAGUGGCAAAACCUGUUCAACAUCAGCAGGGCCGGGCGCAGUGGCUCAUGCCUGUAAUCCCAGCACUUUGGGAGGGCAAUGCAGGAGGAUCACUUGAGGCCAGGAGUUUGAAACCCCUUCUCUACAAAAAAUACAAAAAUCAGCCAGGCUUGGUGGUGCAUGCCUGUAGUCCCAGCUACUUGGGAGGCUGAGGUGGGAAGAUUGUUUGAGCCUGGGAGGUCGAGGCUGCAGUGAGCUAUGAUUGCACCACUGCACCAAAGCAAGACCCCAUUUCGAAAAACAACAAACAAAAAACACACCAGCAGGUUGUGACUGCAGCCUCAGAAAGCCCCCGGCUUUCCUGUUCAGGAAGCAGGUGCCCUGCAGAGUGAAGGGUGCUUUCCCAGAGCCACCCUCAAGUGCUGCUGGAGGCCCAGAUUCCUUCAAAUGACCUGUGCAGCCCUGCCGGAAUGCAGUGUGACAACAGAAACAAGUUGGCUGCUUGGGGAAACCAUGCGGGCAUCCCCAGGGUCUGAUUUGGUAACCGCAGGUAUUCUUUGAUAAAUUGUAGAACCAUUAGGCACUGGUCUGGGCAGUAUGUGUAUGGAUGAGGAAUCUGUUUAUGAGAAUAUAAAAUAAAACGUGCAAACACAGGAGAAGUAGAAGAUACAGGUGGCAGGGGUAGAGUGAGAACUGAAGUCAGGACUGGGGAGCUGGAGGAGGAAAUCAGGCCUGAAGAAACUUUGUGGCUGAAGCCAGCAAAUCUUGUAUAUGUAGGAUUUCCAUGAACUGUCCUAAAAUUUCCAAGAGAAGAAGACAUCCGUCAAGUAGAAGACAAAAAGGGAUGCUGACCAGGGAGGCCGGAUGCUGGUAGGUGGAGCCCAUGACUGGAGAAGCAAGAGCAGCACAAGGUCCCUGAGGGGUGGUUAAGAGCAGCUGGUGACCGGGCAUAGUGGCUCAUGCUUGUAAUCCCAGCACUUUGGGAGGCCGAGGCAGGCGUAUCACUUGAGGUCAGGAGUUCAAGACCAGUCUGGCCAACAUGGCGAAACCCCAUCUCUACUAAAGAUACAAAAAUUAGCCGGGUGUGGUGGUGGGUACCUGUAAUCCCAGCUACUUGGGAGGCUGAGGCAGGAGAAUUGCUUGAACCCAGGAGGCAGAGGUUGCAGUGAGCCGAGAUCCUACCAUUGCACUCUAGCCUGGGUGACAAGAGCGAGACUCUGUCUCAAACAAACAAAAAUUAAGAGCAGCUGGAGGCUGGGCAUGGUGGUUCAUGCCUGUAAUCCCAGCACUUUGGGAGGCCGAGGAGGGUGGGUCACUUGAGGUCAGGAGUUUGAAACCAGCCUGGCCAACAUGGUGAAACCACGUCUCUACUAAAAAUACAAAAAAAUUAGUCAGGCAUGGUGGCGCAUACCUGUAAUCCCAGCUAAACUUGGGAGGCCAAGGCAGGAGAAUCACUUGAACCCCAGAGGCAGAGGUUGCAGUGAGCCAAGAUUGCACCACUGCACUCCAGUCUGGGGCAACAGAGCAAGAUUCCAUCUCAAAAACAAAACAAAACAAAAAAUACAAAGAAAAGAAAAGAAAAGCAGCUGGAGGCUGGGUGUGGUGGCUCAUACCUAUAAUCCCAGCACUUUAGGAGGCCAGGGCAGGAGAAUCGCUUGAGUCCAGGAGUUUGAAACCAGCUUAGGUGAAAUCCCUUCUCUACAAAAACAAACAGAAAUUAGCCGGGUGUGGUGGUGCCCCAGGUCUCAACUACUUGGUGGGGUGAGGCAGGAGGAUCCCUUGAACCCAGGAGGCCAAGGCUGCAGUAAGCUGAGAUUGUGCCCCUGCACUCCAGCCUGGGUGACAAAGUGAGACCCUGUCUCAAAAAAAGAAAAAAAAAAAAAGCAGUCGGGACCUU